AUGUCUUUUCUUUGGUCUUCAGGGCAUAUUAUUCUUGACUCCACAAAACAAAUAUGUCAACUGGCUUCCUCCUUAGCCGACAGAGAGACGGCGGCACUGAAUUCUACCCAAGAAGUUACCAAAAACAUACUACCUUCACUAUCUGACGACUACGAGCCUGAACUUACCUACAAAGACGAACUAGCAGCACUAAUGAUUUUCGUCAGUGACGAUUCACCCUGCAAUAAUAUCAAUAAUUUUGUUGAUACGGUACCUCAACAACAGAUGAUUUCUUACAGCCAUCUCCCAGCCUUAAAACCACCACCAAAAUCCAAAAAUUCACGAAUACGUCUCACACACCAUAUAAAAGAUGUUCUGGAACAGAUUGUCAUGGACUCUACUGUUUCACAUACUUCAUCGCACGAUAUUUUAACAUCAAGCCACACAAACCAAAUAAUCUAUCAAGCAGCCUCUCAAUCUCAGCCUUGUCGGCAAUCGAAUCCCUCGUCAAAUCUUCCGGAAACACACAAACCACACUCAGAUCCAAUACACAUCAGCAAUAAACAUAUCGUCCCAAAACACAGAGAGCCUAGCAUAAGCACAUAUCGAUUCUUUAUGACAAACUUACUUGGCUUUAAUAAUAUAUCAGAAACCGUACCUACAAAACCAAUAGUCGAGCUUAUUCCAGGUCUCCGAUCGGGAUGUUCUGGGAGAGCUUUGUCGUUAGCCAAGCUUGCAUUGGAAGUCGAACGCCUAGGAAACCACAAGUCUGCAAUUGAUAUGAUUAUAUCUAGUGUGACAUCUAUGAUGGAAGCAUUACCAGUUGAUAAAAGUCCAGAAAAUACAAAGAGAAUGAUGAAUCGCAGAAUUAAGACUAUAGAAGAGCAGCACCGAUUAGAUAUAUCCUCUAAACCGCGUAAGCUCCAACAGCCACAGCAACAGAAUAUAGGUUCUCUUAUAGGCGAAAUUGCUAGAGUAGUGAGUGUGAUGAGCGGGUACCCUCAAGCUAGUACAUCUGACCCUGUAGCGUUCACCAAUCGGCUAGUAGACAACUUCUCAAGUCUGGACUCAAAUCAGAGUAUAGGCACUCGUGUAAUCUCAACUGUGUAUCAAGGCAUAGCACAUGCGCUUAAUUAUGAUUCUCCAUAUCCGACAAACCAAACAUUCCUUUCAUGGUUUGCCACUCAUUUUAAUACCCUCGCUGAAGAGACAAUCCCUUGAGAUCUCUAUAUAUAUAUAUAUACAUAUAUACAUUUCUAUGUUAAUAAUUAUCUACAACAUGACACUAUAUUUAUAUGAUUCUUUUUUCUGUUUCUAUCACUCCUUCCUAUACUGUAUUGCUGCGGGCAGCCUUAAUUAUAUAGAAAUAUUGUAUGUACAUUCAAUUAUAUUAAAACUAAUACAUGAUUUCAUUU